AAAAACGACUUUAUGAAUUUAGAAUCUCUCACGUUAAUCGAAAUAAUGAUAUUGAUCCAAUAAUGGAAUCUUUAUAUUCUUAUCAAAGAAAUUAUUUAAUCAAACUUUCUUUCACAUUUGUUAAAUUUACUGAAGAUUCUUUAAAUACUCUUGUUAAAUUAGAAAGGUUAAAGGAUCUUACAUUAAUCUUUUGUAAGAAUAUUACAAAUAAUAUUUUAAAUCAGGAUUUGAGAUUAGAAAGAUUACAAAUAUCAUGUGUACCAUCAUUUUAUAAUAUGUUGUUGGAUAUAUUGAAUGUUUGUGGAGGAACAUUAAAAGUAUUAGAUCUUAAUAUUCAUUUUAAACCUUUUCAAAAGAAAAUAAUCGCAUUGUGUCCAAAUAUUAUCGAAUUAAAUAUUGAUUCAACAUUUUAAUAUAUUUAUUUAACUGCGGUCAAAGGUUGAACUGCGGUGAAUGCGAUCAAUAUUGAAAUAAAUAAUUAGCAAAUGUUUAUAUAAAAAAUGUUACAUUUUAGUUGUUUGUUACAUUGGGCCGAAAUCAGAGGGCGUUAUGGAGUUUUUU